AUGUCACAAACACUUGAUCUUCCUGAGGUUGCAAAUCUUUGGGAUGUUAGAGAUGUGCCCACAAUCGUUGUCACUCAGAGAGGUGCAAGAAGAAGUUUCCAGAAGUUUCUUGCCUCAAAAGGCGUUGAAGUAGUGGAAUUUGACAUUUUUAACCCUAAAAAAGUUGCGGAAUAUCUUUACGAUCGUGGGUAUUUUUCAGUCUUGUGGGAAUGUGGAGGGACGUUAUCGGCAUCAGCUAUUUUAUCCGGUGUCAUACACAAGGUGCAUGCUUUUGUUGCUCCUAAGAUAAUUGGUGGAAGGAACGCGCCUUCUCCAGUUGGGGAACUUGGGAUGGUUGAAAUGACACAGGCUUUGGAGUUAAGUGAUGUUUCUUAUGAGCAGAUAGAAUCUGAUGUGCUUAUUAGUGGAUAUGUGCAACCCAUUCCUGAUUUGACACAAUCAACAAUUGAUCCAAGUUUAUCUCCUAAGAUAAUUGGUGGAAGGAAUUAA